AUGGUGAGGAUAGUGGAGAUCUCCAAGAAAUGGCACGGCAGUGCUAGCAGCAAGGUCACCUCCCCUACGGCCGCCGCUGGUGCAGCGGCCACGGUGGCGUCGUGCCCGCGGGGCCAUUUCGCGGCCUACACCCGGGACGGCAGCCGGUUCUUCGUUCCCAUCGGCUGCCUCACCAGCGACACCUUCCGGGAGCUCCUCAACAUGGCUGAGGAGGAGUUUGGCAAACCUGGUGACCGCCCCAUCGUGCUGCCGUGCUCCGUGGCCUGCCUUGAGCAGAUCCUCGCCGACUUCCGGGGCACCUCCAAGAAGCACAACGGUAGCGGCAGGGCCAAGAUUUGGUAG